AUGAGGAGCGUCGUGAGCAAGUGCUCGCCGGAGCUCGUCGUCCCGUCGGCCAAGCCGCCGGCGCCGGCCGGUGAAGUCAUCAACCUAUCCUCCUUCGACAAGGCGAUUGGUUCCUACCCCUUCACGUCGUUCCACGUAUUCAGAAAUGGCAUCGUUGAGCCGGCCAUGGCGAUCAAGACGGCACUUUCGCAAGCUCUGGCCUACUACUACCCCCUCGCCGGCCGAGCUACUACCGGAGCGGGCAACGGCGGCCAGCUCGGUAUCUCGUGCACCGGCGAGGGCGUGGCGUUCGUUGCCGCGACGGCCAGCUGCGCUCUUGGUGACGUCAAGCUGUUCGACCCGCCGUUCGCGGCGUUGCUGAAGGAUCUCGCCGUGGAGUACCCGGAGGAGGGCUGCGGCGAGGCCGACCCGCUGCUGCUCAUGCAGGUGACGGAGUUCGCGUGCGGCGGGUUCGUCGUCGGGAUGACGUGGAACCACGGCGUCGCCGAUGGUAAGGGGAUAGCUCAAUUCCUGCAGGCCGUCGGCGAGCUCGCCCGCGGGCUGCCGCGCCCGUCUGUCUUGCCGGUCAGCUGCGGCGACGACUCUCUCCCGGAGCUGCCGCCGAUGGUCGCCGCAAUGGAGAAGUCGAUGGUGAGGCUGGAGGACAAGCAGUUCGCUUACCUUGACAUCACCAUCCCUGCCAGCGUGAUCCGACGCGUCAAGGCGGAGUUCGCCGGCGACGGAGGGUACUCCGGCGAGCCGUGCAGCGUGUUCGAGGCUGUGGCCGCCGUCCUCUGGCGCAGCCGGACCCGCGCGGUCUUCUCCAACCCCGACGCACCCGCACCGCUCGUCUUCGCAGCCAACGUGCACAAGCACGUCGGCGCCAGGUACGGCUACUACGGCAACUGCGUCACCUCGCAGGUGGUCAUGGCAACCAGCGGCGAGGUGGCGAACGGCGACGUCAAGGACGCCGUCAAGCUGAUCCGGCGAGCCAAGGAGCAGAUCCCGGAUCAGUCCAAGGGCGCCGGCGGCGUCGCCACGAACGCGGCGGCGGCAGGCAUGGAGGAGAAGCAGCUCGCGGCGCUGUCCGGGUACAACGCGUUCUUCGUGGCGAGCUGGCGGAACAUCGGGUUCGAGGCGGUGGACUUCGGCGGCGGGAGACCGGCGCGGGUGAUGUGCCACGUCGGGCCGACGGCCGUGCCGAGCUGCGUGGCGUGCCUGCCGCGCGACGGCGACGGCGCCAGCGUGCUGCUACUGUGCGUCAAGGCGGAGCACGUCGGCGCGUUCUACGCGGAGCUGGAGAGUCUCAGGUGAUUGGAUGCUCGACGACUGUCCAUCGCCGCCAUGGCUGCAUGCAGCACAGUCAAUCAGUGACGUUCAAACUACCCUCUACAAAAAAAUAUUAUUCCGUACCUCUUUUUCGUUGAUUGUUUCUAAAUUUAUCGAGAUAACAAUAAAUGAGGACAUGUAAUAAACAUAUUAUUUAUUCAUCUCUAGUAAACCAAGGAG